AUGCCUCGAAGAUCCAUUUCCGCGUUUUUCAAAGGUCUUCAAUCCAGAAACGGCAAAGGCAAAGGUCGGGCGGAGAAGUCAAGCAGCGGAAGCAAGGAUGAGAAACUGUCAAGGCGUUCUGUGAGCAGGGACUCACAGCUAUCGACGCCUAGGAACGUUCCGGUUGUCUUGCCCCCAGAUGCACUUUCAAGUCUUUCUGUGAGCAGGGAGCCAGAGCUGCCUACACCUGGAAGCGGUGUUCCGGUACCUCCAGCUGAAGCAUCAACCCUGACGGCUGAACCGCAAACAACAGAAGAAAAGAAAAAGGCUGCUUCUUGCGCGCAGGAGCUCUGGGAUGAAGCUUACGACGAAUUGAAGAACGAGGAGACAAAGCUUUUGCAAGCGUACGAAGUGAUUCUAUCAAACAGACUCAGCGACCCUAGCUUUUCGUCUGGCGGAACCGAUGUAAAUAUCAUCGGGUCGGGGGAUGAACGACGGGCCCAACUGCUGCUGGUGAUUGAAGCGGCCCAGAAGAAGACCCAUACGGAGGCCAAAAUCAAGGAAAACAUAGGAGAGGGAAUGAAAGUCGUCAACUCCGUGAGAGGCGUUAUAAGCGCAGCAGUCCAGGCUGCACCGCAGGCCGCUCUUCCAUGGUCCCUUGUGACCAUGUCCUUGGAUGUAGGUAUUUCCCCAGCCCAAUGCGCAGUGGAAUUUGAGCUGACCUUCGGGGGCAAGAUUUUGCAAAACCCACUGAAGCAACACCAAAGGCAAACCGAGGGUAUAUCCUACACUGCGAAGCGGAUGGAGUGGUAUUGGAGCUUGUCGAAUGAGCUAUUCGAUCGAGCUGGGACCGCCAAUCCUAGUAUCACACCCACUAUGCGAGAUGCCUUGCUUUCACGACUUAGAGAGCUCUACAAGAAGAUUAUACUAUUCCAGGUCAAGUCGAUCUGCUCAUACUACCGCAAUCGCGGGCUACAGUUGCUCCGCGAAUUUGCCAUGCUUGACGACUGGGAAGAAAGUAUGAAAGAGAUACGCGUUCUCGAACAAGAAGUCCAAAACGACUGUAACGCCUACAUGGGCCUGGAGAGGACCAGCCUCAGCCAUCAUAUCAAGGAGUGUCUCGAGAAUCUUCUCGCAUUGCAAGUCAAGGAUUUGGAGCAGCAAGACCGAGACUGUUUAAGAGACUUAUACAUCACCAAUCCGCGGAACGAUAGGAAGCGUCUGCUAGAGGCAAAAGGCGGGCUCUUACCGGACUCGUUCAAGUGGGUUAUGAAGAGCGCCACGUUCCAACAGUGGCACAGAGAGAAACAAACCAACUUGCUUUGGAUCAAGGGCGAUCCUGGAAAAGGAAAGACCAUGAUCAUCUGUGGCGUCUCCGAAGAGUUGGAAAGCAUGGGGCCUUAUCCAGAUCUGGUGUCAUACUUUUUCUGUCAGGGCACUGACCCAAACUUCAACAGUGCCACUGCUGUCUUACGAGGCUUAAUCUAUCUACUGGCGAUACAGAGGCCGUCCCUUAUUAGCCAUCUACAGGAGGAGUACAAGAACGUCGGAAGCAGGGCCCUCUUCGAUGGAGUCAAUGCCUGGAUAACCUUGUCCAGCAUUUUCCGAAGCAUGCUAGAAGAUCCAGCGUUGGAGAGCGCCUGUCUGGUGCUUGAUGCCUUAGACGAGUGUGAUUCCGGCCGCAAGUUUCUACUCGAUCUCAUUGUCGAAAGCACUUCAUUGGCGCCUCACAUCAAAUGGGUCCUAUCGAGCCGGAACUCUCCUGAUAUUGAAGCCAAGCUGGUCAACUGUCCAACAGCUGUUGUGAUCGAUCUCGAAUCGAAUGACAGACAUGUCACGGACAGCGUGGACGCAUACGUUCGCGCGAGGAUACAACAACUCAAUCUCAUCCAAGAUAAUGAGGAACUCCACACAAAGUUGCAUCGUGCCAUCAUUGAGAAAUCGAACGGAACAUUUCUAUGGGCGGCACUUGUUUUCAAGGAACUUGAAGAGCUGCGCACAUACGAUGAUGACGCCGAGAUCUUGGAGCUCUUGCAAGAGAUACCCAGUGGCUUAAUCGCCUUGUACGACAGAAUGGUGGAUCAGAUCGAGCGACUAAGCCGCAACGACCAGCAGCGUUGCCGCAACCUUCUCGCGGUAAUGGCAACGGCGUAUCAACCCCUGGAUCUAGGGGCAACACCCAUCAUGGCGGGUUUGAAAGAUCGGCUGGCACGCUCUGAGCCUCUGAAGACCUUGAUCAAAACCUGUGGGUCGUUUCUGACAGUUCGGGACAAUGUUGUCUACUUUGUUCAUCAAUCGGCCAAAGACUAUCUGGUUGGGGAGGGUUACCACCGCAUUUUCCAACAUGGAACUGAAGCUGUCCAUCGAGACUUGUUCUAUCGCUCAAUGGAUGCUCUACAGAAACCCGGCAGGUUGCGUCCAAACAUCUAUUCUCUUCCCUAUCCUGGCGUGAAUGUCCAUGAGGUUUCCAUACCGCAGCCAGACCCUCUUGCAGACAUUCAGUAUUGUUGUGUCGCCUGGCUUCGACAUUUCUGCGAUGGCUUUUUCGGUGCCCAUUCGACGAAGAAGGACGAUCUGUUAGAAGGUAUCGAAAAAGCUCUCAACUUUUUGAAGAUACAUUUUCUUCACUGGAUUGAAAGCCUGAGCCUUCUACGUAAUAUCCAAGUUGGAGUCGUAUUUUUGCGGAGCCUGGUCAAGCAUCUCUCGGGUCGCCUGGAACCCGACGACUCCUAUGAGUUUUUUCAAGAUGCUGCUCGUUUCAUGUUUUACAACAGGUACAUAUUGGAGACAGCCCCUCUCCAAACGUAUGUCUCUGCCCUCAUCUUCAGUCCGUCCAGAAGCCAAGUACGGCUUCACUUCAAGGACACACUAUCAUGGAUAAAAACCUCACCCAAGGUUGACGACGAUUGGAUUUCUUCUUGCGUAAAUACUUUGUAUGCCUCCGGUGUCCAAACUGUGGCUUUCUCGAACGAUUCCUUACGCUUGACUGCCUCGUUUGUCGACGGACGAGGGAGAAGCUGGGAUAUAGCAACGGGCGACCUAGUUUGCGUCUACGACUUCGACUCCGUCGAUUUUGACGCUCCGGCAUUCUCAGAGAAUCACAAUUUCUUGUUUGUUUCCAGCGCGACAAAGAAUACCGUGUGGGAUAUAGAGGUUGGAAAGCUGAUCCAAGAACUGGACGUGGGCUUCCUUCUUUUCCUGAUGCCGAAAGCCUUGUUCUCGGCAGAUGAUCGACUUCUGGCGUUGAUCUUUGAAGAACACCUUGGCAUUUGGGAUCUCUCCACCGGGCGCUUGGUCCGCAAAAUCCUUUGCAGUUCGUCGCGUCGUGCAGUUGCGAUAUCCCGGGACUUUGAGCUCUUAGCUACAGAAAGCUAUAGACGCGAAGCUACAAGAGAAUGGAUAGCGAUGCAGGUCUCUGACAUAGCCACAAGCGAAGUGCUCUAUGAGCUAGAAACAGAGGUCUCAGUGUUUGACGACAUAAUGGCAAUCUCGAGAGACUUUCGAUAUCUGGUCUCGGCCGGGAAACAUCUGCAGGUCCUGCAUAUCCCGUCGGGCGCAGAAUCCAUCACCGUCAAGGAUUAUGACAAAAAUAUUAGUUCGAUUGCCUUCUCAGACGAUUCCACUCUUCUGGCAUUGGGUCUUAAGGAUGGGGGCGUCGAAGUCUGGAGCCUUGAGACAAAGGUCAAGAUAGGAUCAUAUGAAGGUCACACUGAUGACGUUCAAUUUAUGGUCUUCUCAAGAGAUGACAAGCUCUUAGCAACAGCGUCAGCAGACGAGACAAUCAAGGUUUGGGCGAUAGAUCUGAGCAACCCUGUUGACGAUUCGCCAGAUGCUAUUGCUAACAACUGCAUAUUCAACCAUGUGGCAUUGUCGGAAGAUCGGAACCAUGUCGUUUAUAACUCUGACGGAGGCAACAUCAACGUUUGGCACAGACACGAAAACCGGCAACUUCCUGGAAUCAGACAGUCUCGACCUCUGCCUGACAAAAAUGCAGAAGGAGUAAAACUGUGGGAGUGGCAAGGGGCGCCAGCCAUUUCCAAAGGCUCUCGGCUCAUAGCAUUUGAAUGUGUCUAUUCUGCAGGUCAACUUUGUGACCGGUUGCAUCAGAUCGAAGUCUGGGACAUCAAUCUACGUCCGAUUGCUCAAAUACCCCUGGAAAAGCGGAUAGACAGCCAGGCUGACCUGGCAUUCUUGCCGGACGGGGAUCUUUUGGCCGCAGCGCAUCACCGCGAUGAACUCACCAUUGUCACUGUCUGGAGAGCAGAGACAGGGGAACUGAUAUCCGAGUUUGACACGUCCGGACCGGUUAGAUUCUGCGUUUAUCAAGCGAAUCUAUAUCUGGCUACGGAGACUGGGUGCUAUAGCAUCGAUCGAUCGGAUGUCGGAAAUCCUUGUCUGAUACACUUCAGGCCUAUAGCCACAGAUAGCUUUCCUGGUUUUGGAUACUAUCUCAAAUCAUCAGAAGACACAUACAACGGCGACUGGGUGGCAUGGAAUGGGAAGAGGAUAAUUUGGCUGCCAGUGAAUUAUCGCCCAAGGGGGGGCGUAAGCUUCUGUGCAGCUGCGUCGGAGGUUGUAAUAGGAACUGCGCGGCGAGACUUUGUCACAAUGGAGUUUGAAGAGCCUCCGCAUACGGCAUAUGACCAGAAGGAAUUCCUACUCCAGUCUCAGGCAAGUCCAGACACAAACGACCAUCCAUGA